AUGUCGUCGGCCAUCAACGAUGACGAACUCUCUAUUUCCCUCCCACAAACCGACUCCAGCCGUACCCGACCAUCCCUUCCUACUGUUGUCUCCCCUCCGGCACGGGCUAGCUUGAGUCAUACCCCGAUGGCAGAGUCUCCAGGCACUGCCCGCGCAAUGCAACGAUUGCAUCAGUACGCCUUCGUCCGCAAUAUCGGCGAGGGCUCAUUUGGCAAAGUCAAGCUGGCUAGACACAAGGUUACCGGUCAAGAGGUUGCAAUGAAGACUAUCAGUCGACGCAAAUUGAUCAGUCGGGAUAUGGCAGGGCGGAUAGAGAGGGAGAUCCAAUAUUUGCAACUUCUGCGUCACCCUCAUAUCAUCAAGCUCUACACCGUCAUCACAACCAAGACAGACAUCUAUAUGGUGCUGGAAUAUGUUCCGAUGGAACUGUUCGACUACAUCGUGAAACAUGGACGGUUGGGUGAAGCUAAGGCCCGGAAGCUGUUUCAACAAAUCAUCUGUGCUGUCGAGUAUUGCCAUCGUCACAAAAUCGUCCAUCGGGAUCUCAAACCUGAGAAUCUCCUCCUUGACAAGAACAUGAAUGUGAAAAUCGCCGACUUUGGUCUCAGCAACAUCAUGACAGAUGGCAAUUUCCUGAAAACGAGCUGCGGAAGCCCAAAUUACGCUGCACCGGAAGUCAUUGGCGGAAAGCUCUAUGCUGGUCCGGAAGUCGAUGUCUGGAGUUGCGGUGUCAUUCUUUACGUCUUUCUCGUUGGCAGACUUCCAUUCGACGACGAGUUCAUCCCUGCACUAUUCAAGAAGAUCCAGGCCGGGACAUUUCACAUUCCAUCACAAACUCCACCAGGCGCCGUAAACCUCAUCAAACGAUGUUUGCAAGUUCAUCCGGUUCACCGCAUCACCAUCCCCGAAAUCAGACAAGACGAAUGGUUCAUAAAAGAUCUUCCUGCUUAUUUAGUUGAUCCUGUUGAGGAAUUUCUAGAUACCGGUGUCGAUCCUACCAAAGCCAUCGACCCUCGUCAAUUGGCUCCGGGAAAGCCACUCGAUGUGGUUGAGAAGAUCCAUGAGCAAGUGGUUGGCAAGCUUGGCCGUACUAUGGGUUACGCAAAGGAGGAUGUGAAGGAUGCUCUGAGCAAAGAUGAGCCGAGCGCCAUUAAAGAUGCGUACCUCAUAGUCAGAGAAAAUCAGUUGAUGAUCAGCGCUCCCCAAUACCGCACAGAGAACCCAGAACUGGAGUCAUUUAUGGCUUCUUCACCACCCGUCGAACCAAACUAUCCCAAUUUUCCAGGCUCGCCACGACGAUUUCAGGAUAUUGAUGUCAAGCCUCUUACUCCAAGUCGCACAGACCCCCACCGCGCUAGUCGAUCGCUGUCUGAAACUCCGUCUUCAUUGAGAGAAGAAGAGAAGCCCAGGAUCUCCAAUGUCCGCGUCCUCAACACCUCACUACCUCACGUGCAUGAGGAGCUCCUUCAGAUUCGCGAAAAGGCAAAGGCUCACGGCGAAGACCCUGACAUGAUUCUACAUCAGACACAAGGCCAAGAUCAGGAAGAUGAAGCUGAAAGUCCCAUCCCCGAGGAAAUUAAGGAUGAACACGGGAACCCGAUUUAUCGGUCCAAAGAGGAACAGGAGGCCACAUCAAGAGCAUUGAAACCACACUCUCGAUCUGUGACGGCUCUCAGUGUAUUGAGAGAACCCAAAAGCCGACCGGAAGGUAUGACUUCUCUGCCGUCCGACGAAAAGCGUCCAGCGCCUUCGAAAACCAAGCCCAGACGGUGGCAGUUUGGGAUUCGCAGUCGAAACCAACCUUGGGAAGCCAUGAAGUGCUUGUAUGCCGCUCUCAAGGCUCAAGGCGCUGAAUGGGAGGUUAAUCCCUGGCUGCGGCCGGAGUCGAUGCCAGACGGUGAUGACGAGAAGGAUGUCAUUCCACCACCUCCACCCGACCUAGAGCCCGGCCAACGCCACCAGAUUAUGCAACAGCGGUUUUCCUUUGUGGGCGAGGAUUACUACAUACCCCGAGACCCAUACAAUAUUCGGGCUCGAAUCUUAAAGAAGGGUUUGCUGAUGCCCGGCGAAGCACCAUCUCUAUCGGCCCACAGUUCGGCGGUUAGUCUGCCGGCAGAAGCACAAACCCAGCUCAAGAAGCAUAUUGAACAACUGGGAUAUGCCUCAGAGGAUGUCAAACACGUGCUCGGCAUAAAUUCCCCCAACGGCGGCCCCGCAAAUAUAAAGUCACCAGCAUCAAGCGGACAUCCUACCCGACCAAAUACUGGAGGCGAGCCGGCCACGCACAGCCAGGAUGCAUUCACCGGACCAGGACAAGUGUCUAUGAGCAGACCCGACAGUCUUUCGGCACUCAACAAGAAAAUCCCAAGCGAGCAUAUUGGGGUUUGGGUAUUCAUCGAUAUACAACUGUACACCAUAGAACAGGGAACGUUCGUUGUGGAUUUCAAAUGCGACGGAUAUCAAAAUGUGAUCUGGCACGAUUUGAAGAAGGAGCGAGACAGGAACAAGACACCCAGCAGCAACAGCACAGUGACCAGUCCGACGAACAGCAGACCCACCAGUGGAUUCGGAGAAUUCAUUCACACCAGCUCUGAUCGUCUCGAUGAAAUGGGCGCAGACGGCUACUGGAAACCGGUCAGCAAGCGCUAUAAGAACGUGGAAAAGGAGAUUUCCAGCCCUUACCCUUACCUCGACGUGGCUAGUGACUUGGUGGCCCAACUAGUAAGUCUGAGUGCUAAGGCUGCGCAACGGUCCUGA